AUGGAUAUUAAUCUUCCUGUUUUUGAAUUCAGUCUUGAAAACCUUGAAAAAAAAAAGUUAAAAAUUUUGCAAGACAAAGAAAUUGGAGAUGGGGAAGAUGAUCCGGAUGAUUACGAUGGAUCAGUUAUACUGGAGAAUAUUUGCUGGAAAUCUCAAUGGUAUAUUGAAAUUUUUCCAUUUGACUUCUGGAAUGUAAAUAAUUCACUAAUAAAUGUGAUCGAUUCAAAAAAAACAAUUGGAAUGGGAUGGGACUUAGAAUAUGAACUAAAUAAGGUUGGAGGCCAGAAAUUUAGUAAAUUCCGGCAUCGAGAAUAUGAUCUUUUAUUUUUUAAUAACAUUUUUAACUCUAGAGUUAAGCUUAGUAAUUGGGCAAAUUAUAAAGAUUUUACUCAAAAAAAAUUAAUGAAGUUAUGCAUUAGUGGAAUUCCAUGUGAGAUUCGAGGUGAAGUUUGGUGUUAUUUAUUAGGAAGUGAUCGAAUGUUGAGAAACAAUUUGAAUGUAUACUUGAAUGAACUAAAUGGAAAUAUUGAUAAAAAAAUUGAGAACCAAAUUAUCCUGGAUUUACACAGAACUUUCCCAAAUUCAAAAUAUUACUCUAAUUCUAAAAAUUUUAAUAAAGCUAACACAUUAAACAGAGUUUUAUACGCAUUUGCAUCUCAUGAUAAGUCAAUUGGAUACUGCCAAAGCAUGAAUUUCAUAGUGGCAAUUCUAUUAGUUAAUAUGAACGAGGAGGCUGCUUUUUGGUCUCUAGUACAGCUAGUUAGUAAUAAUAGAAACAAAGAAUUUAUGGUUUGUAGCUGGGGAAAUUUGGAGACAUAUUAUGGAGAAAGGAUGGAUGGAAUAAUACAGGACAUUAUCAUUUUAGAAAGUUUGUGCAAAAAAUUUAUACCCGAAGUUUCGCAGAAAUUAGAAAGUACGGGAAUAAAUUUCCAAUGGUUUGCAUUGGAGUGGUUCCUCUGUUUCUUUGUUACAUCUUUGCCUUUGACAUCAAUUAUGGAGAUAUUAGACUUCAUUUUUUGUUUUGGUAGUGACAUGUUAUUCAAUAUUUCAAUUGCAUUGUUAGAUUUGAAUAGAAAGAAGAUACUUUCAUCAGUGAAUAUGGAAGAAUGCAUGAAUGUUUUGAAAAAUAUUGCAAAAAAUAUCACUGAACCAUCUAAAUUGAUCAGAAAGGCAACGAAGUAUAAUAUUUGCAAAAGCCAUAUUGAGAGAUUAAGAAAGGAAAAUUAA